GUAGGAACAAGCCAUUGUUGGAUUUCUUGCAGUCCCGACAUCAUGGAAGGCGAAUCGAAGAAUGACUUUGACUGGUUGCCCGCUGGCACGGAAGCUCUGGCCGAUGGAGAGUAUGAAGCGAUCGUGCUUGGCACGGGCUUGAAGGAGUGCAUCUUGAGUGGCUUGAUGGCGACGAAGGGGCUCAAAGUGCUGCACUUGGACCGCAACAACUACUAUGGUGGUGACUGCGCGUCGCUCAACUUGUCCAACUUGUACACCAAGUUCCGUGGCGAACACGCCGAACCCCUCACGGGACUUGGUUCGAACCGCGACUACAACAUCGACUUGAUCCCCAAGUUCAUCAUGGCGUGCGGUAAAUUGGUCAAGAUCCUGCUGCACACCAAGGUCACGCGGUACUUGGAGUUCAAGAACGUCGACGGCAGCUAUGUGUACAAGGGCAGCCGCAUUUACAAGGUUCCCGCGACUGGUGAAGAAGCGCUUUCGUCGUCGUUGAUGGGAAUCUUUGAAAAGCGCCGCUUCCGCGGCUUGAUUAUGUUUGUUUACAACUACGAAGAAGAAAACCCGGACACGCAUCAAGGGCUGGACUUGUUCAAGCAACCCAUGAGCGACGUGUACGCCAAGUUCGGCGUGGAUGCGAACACCCAGAGCUUCACGGGCCACGCCAUGGCGUUGAUGCGCGACGACAACUACAUUAAUCGUCCGGCCAUCGAGACCGUGCGCGCCCUCAAGAUGUACUCGUACUCCCUCGAGCGUUACGGCAAGUCCCCAUACAUCUAUCCUAUCUACGGUCUGGGCGGGCUGCCCGAAGGCUUUUCGCGCCUGUGUGCGAUCCACGGCGGCACCUUCAUGUUGAACCGCGGCGUCGACGAAGUGCUGUUCAAGGACGGCAAGGCGUGGGGUAUUCGCAGCGGCAACGAAGUGGCCAAGGGCAAGUUGAUCAUCGGCGACCCGUCGUACUUCCCCAAGGAAAAGACCCGCUCGGUCGGCAAAGUCGUGCGGUCGAUCUUCAUCCUGCGCCACCCCAUCGCCAACACGAACAACUCGGAGUCGUGCCAGAUCAUCAUCCCCGCCGCCCAGGCCAACCGCCGCAACGACGUGUACGUGUGUGUGGUGUCGUUUGCGCACUGCGUCGCAGCCAAGGACACGUACAUUGCGAUCGUGUCGACGACGGUGGAAACGUCGUCGCCGCUCGCGGAAUUGGAGAUCGGCGUGUCCCUUCUCGGCGAGUACGUGGACCGAUUCGACGAAGUGUCGGACCAGUUGGAACCCGUGGGCAACGGUACCGUCGACAACUGCUACAUCAGCUCAUCGUACGACGCCACGAGCCACUUUGAAACCACGUCGGACGAUGUGUUGAGCCUCUACCAGCGCAUCACGGGCGAGCAGCUCGACAUGACGAUCAACGCCGACACGACGGAGGCCGAUCAAUAAGCCCAAGUGAGCGCGGCAUGCAUAUACACAGCCUUGCAUGUUCCUUAACGGAGUACUAAUCCAUUGCAUACCCCCCCUCUCCUUCUUACGCACCA